ACCCCCCCACCUCGGGCCCGUGGAAACCACCCCCCCCACCACCAGGGCCCAUUUCCCGCCUCUGCCUCCACCACGUGGUCUCACAAGCUGACCAACAUUUACUUCCUGUUCGUCAAGAGGAAAGGGGGUUCCCCUUUCAUGGAAUGCGGCAACAUGGGCGUGUUUGACCGCGGAGUUCAGAUGCUGCUGACCACGGUCGGCGCGUUCGCCGCCUUCAGCCUCAUGACCAUCGCCGUGGGGACGGAUUACUGGCUGUACUCCCGAGGGACGUGCAAAUCCAAGAGCAACAACGAGAACGAGACCGUGAAGAAGAACGAGGAGGUGAUGACGCACUCCGGCCUGUGGAGGACCUGCUGCCUGGAAGGCUCCUACAAAGGGAUGUGUAAACAGAUAGACCACUUCCCAGAAGACACAGACUUCCAAGCGGAUGGCGCUGAGUUCUUUUUACGUGCGGUGCGAGCCUCCAGUAUCUUCCCCAUCAUGAGUGUGAUCCUGCUCUUCAUGGGAGGGCUGUGUAUAGCUGCCAGCGAGUUCUACAAGUCACGCCACAACAUCAUCCUUAGCGCAGGCAUCCUCUUCGUCUCCGCAGGUCUGAGUAACAUCAUCGGCAUCAUCGUCUACAUAUCAGCCAACGCGGGCGACCCGUCCAAGUCGGACUCUAAGAAGAACAGUUAUUCCUAUGGCUGGUCGUUCUACUUCGGCGCCCUCUCCUUCAUCAUGGCUGAGAUGGUGGGCGUGCUCGCCGUGCACAUGUUCAUCGACCGCCACCGGCAGCUCCGCGUGGGGGCCGCCAUCAGCGCCGCCGACUACCUCCAGGGCGCUGCCAUCACACGCAUCCCCUCCUACCGCUACCGCUACCGGGGCCGCUCGCGCUCCAGCUCCCGUUCCACGGGGGAAGCAUCCCGGGAUACGUCCCCGGUGGGGCUGAAGGCAUUCGGGGCGCUGCCGUCGACGGAGCUAUCCAUGUACACGUUGCCGCGGGAUACGCUGAAGAACCAGACAGGCACGCCGACAGCCACCUAUAACUCAACCACGUUGGAACGGGACCACAGCUUCCUCCAGGUCCACAACUGUAUUCAGAAAGACCUGACAGACACGGGCAACGCAGCUAACCGCCGCACCACACCUGUAUGAGAGGCAGAUAGAGGGCGGGAGAGGGGGGUGGAGAGAGGGGUGGAGAGAAGGGGAGGAGGAGAGGGAUGAAAGAGCGUUACAGAACAAAACAGAUUAGAUCUGCUUCCGUUCUGGAUAGUUCUACAACAGCGAUGAUGAUGAUGAUGAUGAUGAUGAUGAUGAUGAUCCUCACCAUCAUAUGAGUUUCCAUGUUGAAAAAAAGCGCAAAAGGAUUUCUGAAAAAAAUAAAAAAAUAAAAUGCAUGAUUUUCCCAUCUACCGUUGUUUAAGGAGUUUUAAACAUGUUUGUAAAGUUAUGACGGGGGAGGAUGGGGAAACGGGAGGAUGGGGAAACGGGAGGAUGGGGAAACGGGAGGAGCAGGGAGAAAGGAUGGGAAGGAGGGGAUGGGGUGUCACUCUCUCUCUGUACCCAGAGAAGGGGUGAGGUAGUGGGGUUCUAUUUUUUAUUACUCUCUUCUUGGUCCCCCAACCCCAAACACCCCUUCUCCCCUCUCCUUCCCUACACCCCUGCACCCUUCUCCCCCCUCCAUCCCUACA